UGAAAUUUUGCAGUGGCUUUCUUAAAGAUUACUGUGGGAUAAUAAAAUUGACGAGGAAAUGUAACGAAAUAAAAGUACUAGAAAGGGAAAGACAGAAGUUAGUACGAGUAAGAGUCGACUUCAAUGGCAGGCAGCGUGUGUUCUCUGCUACCACGUCUUUAGCCAGGUAAAGUUCCGUUAUCCUCGUAGCCAGCGGAACAUUCAACCAGUCUUCGUUCGAGCUUACGAGGGAAAAUAUACAAGUGUCCUGUGUUCUGCUCAAAACUGGGUUAUCCACCGUACACCAUUUUGCUACUGUUAAAGAGAUUUGCAUUCACAGAUGUAUAUAGUCAACUAGCUGCACUGUGAAAUUAUCGGCAAUUAGGGAACACAGAUUGAUCGAAUAUGAAUAGGGCCCGUAACGAAUCAAGGACGAACGGCCAAGUCCCGAACGCCACUGAAAAGAAUGCUAACGUCAAUUUGAAGAGCAAAUUUUGGGCCUACUUUUGGUGGUUAUUUGGUGGUAUCUUCGGAGCGCACCACAUCUACCUCCGCAGAGAUGAGCACGCGGUAGUCUGGUUCUGUACAUUGGGCGGCUACUUUGGACUUGGUUGGCUCAGGGAUCUCUUCAAGAUACCCACUUAUGUGGCCGACGUUAAUGACCAACCUGAUUAUAUCAAAUGGCUCAAGUAUCAAAUCCGCAUCCACAAAAAACCGCCGUUCGCCACGCUUCGUUUCGUCGGAGCUGUGAUGGUAUCGUAUUUGUUUGGACAGCUUGUUCUAAUUGCCGUUCCAGAAGAUGAAAUCAUUGGAAUCAAUUUCAAGCGGCUCAUUAUCCUAAUACCACUUGCUGUAGCGUACGGAACGUGGCUAGUUGGAAAUAUAGGCCGAGAACAAGGCUCGAUAUGGCCAUCCUUGAUAGUGUCGUACCUGUGUUACCCGACGCUUUACUUUAUCGGAGACGAGAGCACUUGGCUGGGCAUUAUGGUUAUUUCAUCGACUCUCAGUUUUGAUUCAUUUUCCAAGGAGUGGAGAUUGAGAAGAAGGAAAAUAAAGAGCAGCUCCCGUAGGAUCGGUUUUUUUGUCAUGUUUGCCCUUGUCUACGGUGGACUCUGGAGCAGUUACUUUUAUUUCAAUGCAACCCUUACCAAUAGCGAGGGAGAGGAAAUCAAGUUGUCCGAAUCCAUAAAACACCUCUUCACCUCGCCUAUAUGGCUUGAUCUGAAGACGUGUCUCGAAGAAACGUGGAUUCAAGCAAAACACCAAGGCUUUUGGGCGACCUGGCGACAGUUGAUUGACCUCACGGACCCACGCGGAGAGAUCAACGCCUACAAGGUGUUGGGUUUGUCUCAAACCGCCUCGCAAAGCGAGGUAACCGCAAAGUGGCGUGCAUUGUCCAGGGAGCACCAUCCAGACAAAGUGAAGGGCACAGAGGACGAGCGUCGAGCGGCACAAGACAAAUUCCUCGAGAUCCAGCAAGCUUACGAAAUUCUCUCAAGCGCCAAAAAUCGCCGACAAAGAAAAAACAAAAAAUCCGACCACAGUGGAUCCGAAACAUUUGUAAGUCAAUAAUGAUUUUUGUGACGCUUCAAGACUGAUUCCGUGCUCCGACUCCCUGUUUGCGAUCAUUUGUAAUGAUUCGUUGGUUCUCGGCUACGAUCGCAUUGACAAAUUUACAUAAAUUACUAUUGCAUUUAUAUUUGAUAUGUUGGAACGAAUGUAUUUAAACAAAUAUAUAUUAACAGUUUAUGUAUAUAAGAUAACAGUUUGACGUUUCUCCGUACAAAAAUGCCUGGAUCAAGCUUGUAUAUUGUACACUUUUGUAUGAUAAUAAUGAACCUGGUCAAAGUCGCUAGAUGAUAACAAUUAUACAUAUAUCAAUGUAUAGGAUAUUUCCGCCGUGUAUAAUACUCUAUCGGCAGAGAGACAGCGGGUACUUGUGUAAAAAUUGAUCAUGCACAUAGUAUUUGUUGUUUACAAUUAUAACAAUAAUUUGAUUGGCAACGAACGAAAUAUAUGAUGUAUAUGCAUGUGACCAAUAUAUUAACAAGUGAAAGGCAGUGUCAUCUUACAUAUAUAAAGUAAUAAAUCAUGGAUGACAACGAUGGCAACACGCGGGUGAGUAAGACGCAAUGUAUACAGGAAAGGAGAUUUUCAAUAUUCAUUAUAAUUUUUAUGUAAAUAUUUUUUUCAGUAAACUAAGUUGUUAUUAGAUGCAUUUGCUAUUAAAAAUAAGUUGAUUUAGCAUGUUACAAUCAUUCUGUUGUAUGCAUAAACGUAUAUGUAAAAUCUAUAUCAACUUUUUAAUUUGGCAGAAAUAGUUUAAAUUAAGAAAUAUAAUUCUUCUUUAAUUAUUUGAAAUAGAAUUCAAUAUUGAAAUUAAUUUCAUUUCCACUAUAUCCAAUUAUCAAGCGUUGUUGGACUUAUUUGAAUUGUUACCAUAAACAAUUGAUUUCUGACGUUUUUAAUUUUAUGUUCAAUCAUGAUAGCUAGUAAAAUAUUAAUUUUUAAAUAUAAAAAUUCUCUGACAAAUAAUACUUAAUAUUUUUUUACAAGCGCGAGUAAAAUUAAGAUGACAUAAUUAUUGUAUAUUAAUAUGCUUAGAAAGAAAUAUAUUAUUUUAAAUAAUGAAUCUAUUAUAUAUUAUCUAUUGUGAUUAAUUAGAUUAAAUCACCUUUUUUGUGAAAUAUUUUCAAUUCAAAAAGAGAAACGCUGCACUGGCGGAAUGCUAUCGUAAAGAGCAAAAAGUUUUUUUGUUUUUAUGUUUGGCAGUUUAAUAAGCUACACGCCAGAUCAAUACAAUAGCUGGGCGAUAUUAACAUAAUUUUCAACUAAAAACUAAUUAAUUCAGAUGAGCACAAACGCCAUUCAUCUAAGUAUUUAUAUAAUUUUUCAUGCCGAUAUUUAGUUUUAAAAGCAUUGAUAUUAUUGAAAUAAGUUUGCCAUUCCAAUUUAUAGAGGAAUUAAAUCUUCUUCAACACAACUGCUUAGAAUUGCUAACAAUCAUUAAAAAUAAUUAUUAACUCAAAAACAAGUAUUUCAGAUAAUCGUAGGUAUAAUUUAUAAAAGCAUACUUACCGUUAUAAAUAUUUAAAUGGUUAUAAAUAUUUUAAAAAAUUGUCAAUACAAAUGGAGAUAAAUAUCAACUAAUGAAUUAAUUCAUUACAGCUGUAUUGUUUGCAUAGAUAUGAAAAUAUUCGUCAAGGUGAAAACAAAUCUUAAUUAUUUUUUUUUAAUUUUAUAAAUCUGUACUUUGUAUGUGUAUGCAUGAUAUUAUUUAUACACUUUUGUUUAUUCUGAUAUUUUAUUCAGCUGUUUCAAUAGGUGAUAUAGCCUGACAAUAAUCCUGACAAUAACUGAACAAUCCUACCGUAAACAACGUAAGGGGCUCACGUGAAUCUAUUUCGAGACCUUACAUUGUCGAAUUCUGAUGCGCGAUGUUGCAAAUUGCUUAUGUUACCACAUAGACCUAUGUUUUUCAUAAAAAUUACUGCGAGAUAAGUAGAGGUUACUUCAUCGUUAUUUUCUUUUCAUUCAAACCUCAUGUACCCUGAUAACAUACUAUAACCGUUUCGAUUAAGAUAUUUAAUUGAAGUAUUCAUCAUACAAGGUAAUAUUUGUAAGAAUUUGAAAGAAUUGUUAUUUUACAAAAUGAACUAAAUCUAUUUCACGUAUUUGUGGACAGAUUUCAUAUACAAAUUAUAAUAAAUAAUUUGAUGAAAUGCGCUGACGCUUGUUUUUUAUACUGUUCAGAACAUUUGGUUCGACCAAUGGUGAUGCUGGCUUUCUGCGAUGAAAUUGCAACGUGAUAUCGUAAUUUUGAGAUAAAACUGUUAUGCGAUAAAUCUAGAUGAAAAUGGUAGCACUACGUGAUUCUCGACGGCUGCGAUUGGAACAAAUCUCAAUCUCGAAACGGUUGUUAGUACUGCUAUCAAAAAAAUUGUUUUGGCCUCGUUGCCUAUAGAGCAUGAAACGAGUCCAUUUUGUUUUCUUUUAUUAGCAUAUUUUAUCUCGAAAAUAACAUUGAAGCGAAAAAUUCCUUUAAUUAAAUUGCGGAUUCGAUGAUUUUCAGAGAAUUUUCCAUUCAGUGGCAACUAAGGAGUCCGAUGGCAUAGUAUGCACGCAAUACAGUCCGGCAACUUAUACAAGUUCUUUUCACCAUCGCAGUUCAAUAAUAAAAACGCGAAAUAACAAAUUUUGUAAGUUAGACAAGUUACGGUUGUGCGAAUGUAAAACUACACUCAUUUAACAAAAAGGAUUCAAUGCCAAAUUUCACGAAGAUAACUUAAAAAUCAUAAUCAUGCAAGAGGCUCAUACACAUUCCAAAUAAAGAUCUUCACUAUAUCUUGAGGUUCCGUGGCCCUUUUGGCCAGCAGAACGUUGAAACAGUCUUUGCUCGAGCCUACGUAGUAAAUUAUCCAUCUGCCCUGUGCUGCGCAUAAAACUGGGUCAUCGGUCGGUCCUCCUGUGCGUGAGCAUUGUCGCGCGCACGAGCGUAGCAUACUUUCGAGCACAAUGCCAAGGCCUUACCAGCUACACCUGUUGCUCCAGUCUCGGUGCUUAUGUCAUUUCAAACUUAGCCGGAAAACAUCAAUACUCUCUACCAAGAACACUAGCUGGCAAUCUAAUAGUUUGCCACUCGCCGCUGGAAAUGACGUUCACCGUCUUGCUAUGGACAAAGUGAUUCGUAUUCGCGUAUUUAUACAGAUGCACAUAGUUGGCUAGCUAUACUGUGGAGCCGCCGGCAACGAGGCAAAGCAGAUUGAACGAUAAUAAAAAGGGCCCAGACCGAACCGAAGACGAACGCCAAACACAUCUACUUUUGAUGGCUGAUUGCCGGCAUUUUCGGGCAUAGCAGGUCUACCUCAGCGACCGGCCGUCUGAUUCUGUAGGUUGAGCAGCUGCGUUGAACUUGGCUAGCUCAGGAACCUCUUCAAGAAAAUUACUUACGUGGCCGACC